AUGGUUAGAACCAGAGGUUUAGGCCGUGCCUUUGCUAGGGUUAUAAGCAGAGGCAUGGGUAGACAGGAUGAGCAUCAUGCAGAUGAUGUUCCCUGGCGGUGUAGGCCUACGGCAUCCACCCGUAGGCAAUGGAUACAUGUUGUUGUUGCUGAUGAUGUUCCUCAUAUGACUGAGGAUGUUCCUCAGAUGACUGCGGACGAAUGUCCUAAGUUGAAGUUGGUCUCCCACGGAAGAAAGGUUGAGAAAUUUUGGAGGCCAACGUUUGAGAUUGAAGGGUUAGUCACUGCCACAGGAUUAACUCCUUUGAUAGGGUGUUCAGUAGUCACCGGUGAUUCGGGAGUUAUAUCCGCUUUUGUUGAGAGGUGGCACAGGGAGACUAGCACCUUCCACCUUCUAGUAGGAGAGCUGACCAUCACACUGGGUGAUGUGGCAUCACUCCUCCAUCUACCGAUCACAGACUCCUUCCACAACUUUGAGCCUCUACCUGUGGACGAGGCAGUCGUGUUGUUGAUGGAGUUGCUUGAGGUCUCCGGUGAGGAGGCUAGAGCUGAGACGGUACGGGCGCAUGGGGCAUAUGUACGCCUGUCGUGGCUUCGGGAUAUCUAUCAGAGGAGAUACGAGGCCCGACGGUGGAUUGUAGCAACUCGUGCUUAUCUCUUCCACUUGAGUGGGGGCUAUGCCUGGGUAGCUGUCGCGCUGGUGCAUAUGUAUGACCAGUUAAAUGAAGCUUCUCAGACCACUACACGACAGAUUGCUGGGUACCUGACUAUAUUACAGAUAUAUGAGCACUUUCCUAGUGUGCAUGACUGUGUCACUGAUGAUGGCUACGACAAGACGUCCCCACGUGCCUCUCGGUGGCUUACUACGAAGGCUCAUAUGAAGGGAAUAACAGGAGCGUCGUACCGGACACGUUUAGAUGCUUUGACGAUCAUUGACGUGUGCUAG